CGUCACCGCGUCUUGGUGGUACCCGCUUUCCAGCAAUAUUUCGCCAUGAGAUGUCCAAAAGCAUACGGCUUCCUCUGCGACACCGGAUAACUUUCCUUCUCUCUCCCCGGUUCUGCCAUGAAAUCGCGACCUCCUAGAGGCACGGAAAGGUCGGGUCGGUCCCCAGUUGCAACCUACCUGGUACCUCGGAUCCAUAUCCCGUCCUUUUGGCCCAUUCCGUCGGGAAUUUUGGCAUCUCUCUCUCCUUCCGUCAGUCAUCAAAGUCCGGCCAACAAACCCUCUAUCUUCAGACAUAGCACUUGCUGUCGUCCGAUGCUUCCCUGCGAGCCCUUGCAGUCCUCUGCUCGAACAAUGACGGCACCAUGUGGCAACCAGAAGUCUGGCGAGGUUGUGGCAACCCGGAGACAGGGUUUCCCAGCUUGAGCCAUUGCGCAUCUGCUGUUGCUGGUUACGUGGGCGCCUUUCGGCGUUUUGAAUCGUCAACAGAGCGAAGGACCGCAUGAACAGCAUUCCCGGGACGAAAGGGGGCGAUGCUCGAAUCUCGCCCCUAUCCGAGUCUCCAAGUGGAAGAUCAUCCCGCAUUUUGUUUACCUGUUGGCUUCCCUGGACUUCCGUAUUCCUUCUCAGUUUCCCGGUUUUGCCCCUCUUGGUGCUGAGGCUCACCAUAAGCAUCACCGUCCCAGCUGCUGCUAUACCCCAAAGGUACACCAGCUUCCAUUCUCAUGCUUUACCAUUACCCACGGCCGCCAUCUGUGGCAUCCUGACAGCGAUUUCUCCUUUUUACAGUUUACCUUACAAAGAUACCUGGGCACAAUGGAAUCCACCAUGGAUAUUGCCCAACUGGUGGCUCAGAUGCAGGAUACACUGUCCACCAUCCACACCACUCUCGCCUCUCUCAACACCGCCGAACACGAUGCGAAGCUUGACGAGCUGGAAGCCAGGCGUGAUAAUACCAUCAAACAUUUGCUAGCCGCCUUUUCUGCCGAGUCCGAGGUCCUGCACCAAAAGAGACUGGCUCAGCGUGAAGAGAUCGCCAAGCGCCGCAGGAUCGAAGACGAGGAGCGGGAAAGACGGAGGCGCCAAGAAGAUGAAGAGCUGGCAGAAAGAGACAAGCAAGAAGAUGAAGCACGGGAUGGCAGGCUUCUGCACGAGACAAAUGAGGUGGAAGAGGAAACGGAUCACCUUAUGAUUGAGAUUGAGGAGGAAGCCCAGAGGGCCAUUGAUGAGGGGCAGAAGAAGUUGAUGGGCCUGGAAGAACGGAGAAAGGAGCUCAACCACCUCAUCGAGGAGCAGCUGAGGGCACCAAUCAUCCCUUCUCCACCCAAGAGAUCGAGGCGAGGCAGUAACCUGCCGCCAGCUGUGGCUACACCAAGUAAACCACCGGAGCCUGUGGCCCCCGAAUCUCUCGAUAAUGACGGUGCAAAGGCUCUUGAGCCCGAGGACAUUUCUACGAGCAGACACGAUGAGAUCACCGAGACAGCCCACAAGUCGCCGACCAUUCCGCAGGCGGACAUGGUCAAAGAGUCGACUCUGAACACAGAUGCCAACAGCCAGAUGCAAGCCAGCCCCACCAAUGAUAGCAGACCGACAUCUCGUCAGGACCGGCCUCUAUUUGUCCAGCCGGUGAUUUCGCGAUCUGGGACCAUCCUCCACGCUGACCAGCUUGAGGAGACGGCACGUGCUCCUGUCGAGCCCAUUGGUAUUCCCAAUCGAAACACCGAUUCACCUGAUCCUUUGGACAGCUCGAAGCCCGAUGUAACCUGGUGGGAAAACAAGAGAAGAGAAGAGGCAGAGCGUGCCCUGCACCAUCCAGCGACUCCAAGCCCCUCAUCUUCACAUACCGAAGCCGAGGACACCGGAGCCCCAUCACAGUUGCCAGCUGAACCUGGAGUCAAAGAUGCCGAUCAGCCCAGCUCUUCCCAGGCAACACCUGGCGCGACUCGCCAAGCCGUGGAGAGCGGCGAUGUGGCCCAGCCCGCCGAAGAGACACCCGCGAUGCCGCAGUUGGAGCACAUCUCUUUUGCUGCCGAUGAAGAACAAGAGAACACUCACAAUGCUUCUUUUGAGCUCACCGAGGCCAGUGUUACUCCCGAACAUCACGGCUCCGAACUCUCCGUCAACGGGGACGCCGCUUCCUCCGUCUCAUCGUACCACAAUCAACCGAGUAUUGAGUACCGCACGACAUCAGACGAGCCGCCCGCAGUUGGAGUUCCAGAAGGUAUGGACGACUCUUGUUCCUUGACUGAUACCUCCGAGUAUUGCCAACACGAGGAGGUCUCUGACAGGCACCACCCACACCGCCCUCCGCUCAUCCAUUCAGAGUCGUACACGGGAGAUGAGAGGGUUGAUGAGGUUGACAUUCCGCUGCGACGAGUGCCUUCCCACCAACCGCCUAGAGAAGAGUUCGGGCAUGAGGAGGUUGGAAACGAUCAACAUGCCGUCUCCGACCAUGAAACAGACGUAUGUCAUGCUCUAGCGCCGGUCUCACAGGAACAAGAGCUGGAUGAACACCCACACACCCCAUCUCUCCAGGUAAUCCGCGAGGAUGAGGUCCUAGAGUCUACCGCCGAGGAAACGGUGGCUCCGGAACCACAGCAGCAUGGAGCUGUAGGCCUUGGGACCGAAGACAGCGCUCACGCAGAAAAGUCCAUUGUGGAACAUGACCCCCACCACGGCAGCGAACUCGGUCAUGACGAAGACGUGCCAGCGCUGUCAUCUUCCUCUGACCAUGGUGACCAUACCCAUUCCUCCUACGACGACGGCUCACACCUUGAAGACGACUACGCCCAACCCGAACCCAUCACGCCCAACCCCCUCAUCCUGCAGCCCUUUCGGACCGGCGACGGCGGCGAUCGAGGAUCGCCUGUUCGUGACCGAGACGUACCGAAGCUCCCGGAUGACGUCGGUCGACACGGAGAGGGAGAUGCUGAGCCCGGUGUCAGUGGUGCUGGAGGACAACCUGGUGAUCAGGCCCAUCUCGGAGUACUUCGAGACGAUGGCUAUGUGGGAGGGGGAGCAGCGGAAGGAGCGGAGGAGAAGGCCGAGGAGUCAUUAGUUCCUGGGGCAGAGCAUGUCAGUGACGCUGCUCUACCGCCGGCCGGGCUGCAGAACGAAGAGGCUGCGGACGACCAGCUGCGUCGUGCUAGUCAAGUGUCGAAUGAGUCGGUUGAGAUGGACGCUGCGUAUACGACUACAGUGAAUGGGGAGGGCGAGCUGUUUGAUGAUGAUGACGAUGACGAUGAUGAUGAUGAGGGUGAUGCGGAAAGCGAUGUCAGUGACAUUGAGGAUGCUUAUCUCAAUGAGGAGGGUGUUGUCGAUGCUGUCGUUGCGGCAAUGGGACCUGAGCCUGAAGAUCAAGAGCACACUGAAAAGGAUGCUGCCAUAGUGAAGACCUCAGUGGAUGAGGUUGCUGAGGUGCCUACCGAGGUACCUGCUGAGGCACCUGCUGAGCUUCAAGCUAUUGUUGCAGCUGAUGCUCCAGUUCAUACUUCAACUGAUAUUCCCCUUGAUACCGUCCUCGACCGUCCAGUUGGGCCAACUGUCGAAAUGCCAGAACCAAUGGCAGCACAGGUUGAGGCUGGGGCUCACAUCCAGGUACCAGACGAGACGCCAUUCGCGACACCAAUGGAAGUGCCAGGUCAAGCUGAGCCUAAGGCCCAGGUGCUAAAUACCAUGGGGGAUUCGGACGGCACACCCGCUGUCUCGGCCACCGUCCCACCAGUUGAGACUCCAGAGCCAGAUCAUCCCCGGACAAGCCCCAACUGGGUCAACGAGGCUGACGACUACUUUGCUGAACUGGAUCAAAGACAGGAGACACCUAGGCUUCAGUUCUUUGAGCAACAGCGAACCGAUGUAAAAACUUCCUUAGCACCAGAUUCACAGACAGCCAGCCAAGGACUCUCAGCCAGCAUUCACAAUCCUGAUCGCCCUGAAACACCCGACCAAGACACAGAGCUUGCUUACCAGGAACACCGCUCAACACAUCUCCAUAGCCAAGAGCAACAACAAUCUUCGCCGCAGUCCGUCCGCAGCCAAAGCACCAUCGAUUCUGCGCCUCCAUCGCCCGAACCACACACCGUGACAGACACCCACGUCCCAGUCAUCCGUGGCCUUGUCUCCACCCAGUCACCCAGCUACCAAACCGGCCGGCCACGGAACAACUCCCAUCUCACCGAGUACGACCAUCACCGCGACGAAUCCGAGGACACCCCAUUAGCUAAAUGGCGGCACCGAGAAUCCACCCUUUCCAUGCCCGACCAACCACCUGUUGCCCCCCUUGAUACCGCUCACUCAAGCAAGCACUCCCACGCCAGCAGCGAAUCCGGCGACCAAAAAGGCGGCAGCCUCUUCCAGCGCAUGCGCAACGUAUUUGAGCAACAAUCCCACGCCUCCGACAUCAACACCUCCCGCUCGUCCCAAUCUCGCCCCAUCAGCACCGACCGUCACAGCGGCGGGGGAGGCGGCGGGGGCGGUUCUGGACUCUGGGGUUCCGGCGGGCCUCUCUCCGGUCGUUUCGGCAAGUCCUGGUCUUCGUCAUCGAACGAGCACCACCACCACAGGGACUACCACCACUCUCCCUACACCGAGGCGGGGCACUCCCCUGUUCGUGGCACCGAGGGCGAUCAUGAUGCUCCGGGGAUUGAACAGCUGCGGAAACCUUUUGAGGUUGAGGAUCAGGAUGAGAAAGCAGAAGAGGAAGACGAAGUCACCUUCCCACUGCGAGCACCGAUUGUGCUGAGGGAUAACUUUGACAGGCUAAACGUCAUCUCUGUCCAGGCGCAGGUCCCGGUGGAUGAUGUGCUUGACUCUUCUUCUUCUUCUUCUUCUUCGUCGGUGGAUCAUCGGUUUUCGUGGGCGUCGUCGAUCCCGUCGAGUUGUGUACCACUUAGUGUUGUCACUACUGCUACCACGGCGGCUGAGACGGAGGAGGAUGGAGAGGAAGAUAUUGUGGAGGUUGUUGCUGGUAAGAAGGGAUUGGGGAGGAGGAGUUUGGUGCUUUCUCCUUCGUCUUCGGUGCGAAGGCAGAGGGGGAAUGGCGAGGUGGAGAAGGGCUCCGAGUUGAGGUUGCCGUGGUUGUGGGUGCAGGGUUGGAGAGCUAGGUUGCAGAAGGCGGGGGAUGAGAUUGAGAGGGUGAGGUGGGAGGGGAGAUUGGAAAAUCAUGUUGUUAGGGGGCGUGAGGAGGGGAGGCAACGGAGGGAAUGUCGAGAGGAGAGGGGGGAGGAGAGGCAUGAGGUGGUUGUGAAGAGGCUGCCGGCGGGGAUGUCGAAGGCGAGGAGGGGGGUCGUGGUUAAUGUUGGGGAGUAUGUGAGUGUUGUUGAGGUUGGGGGAGCACUGCCAAAGAAAGGGAGGAGGAAGAGUGUUCAUUGGGCUUGA